UCAUUGGCUGAUAACCCGGAAGUUGUCGGAAUUAAUUUGGGCGGCGCGAAAUCCGACGUCGUUUUUCUGUUAGCUUAAAAGUUAGUGGACCAUCUUAAAUUAUCAAGAAAGCAGUUGUUAUCGUCUCCCCCCUACGAUGUGUGAGAAGAUUAAGAAGGUGAGGAGCUGGCUCAGCUCAGUGUUUGGCGAUCAGCCGGUGCCACAGUUUGAAGUCAACACAAGGACAGUGGACAUACUGUACCAGCUGGCACAGUCCAGCGAAGCCCGGUGUAGCGACACAGCUCUGCUCAUAGACGACCUGAAGCAGAAAGCAUCGGAGUACGAGGCUGAGGGUGCUCAUCUCCAGGAUGUGCUUCUACACAGUGUUGGUCUGUCCUGUGCAAGCUUGUCCAAGCCCACUGCCGACUAUUUGUCUGCGUUAGUGGACAAUGCUAUGGUGCUUGGAGUGAGAGAUACAUCACUUGGGAGCUUCAUGCCAGCAGUCAACGACCUCACCAGUGAACUUCUGGAGGCAGAAAAGUCCAGCAGAAGACUUGAGAAAGAGCUCCGGGCCCUCAGAAAGAGAAUCGGCGCCACUCUGGUGCUGCGAAGCAAUUUACAAGAGGACAUCAACAAAACGGCCAAACUGCAGGCGGUGGAGCACGCCAAAGCGGAGGAGAGGCUGCUCAACAUGGACUUUGUGACGGCGAAGGUUAAAGAGCUCAGCAACAGGCGGGAGAGGUCAGAGGCUCAACUCGCUUCCCGGAACAUGGACAAGUCCAUUACGCACCAGGCCAUUGUGCAGCUCUCUGAGGAAGUCAGUGCGCUGAAAAAAGAAAUAAUGCCCUUGAAAAAGAAGCUGGAGCCUUACAUGGACCUCAGCCCGAACCCGUCCCUCGCUCAAGUGAAAAUAGAGGAGGCGAAAAGAGAACUGGCGGCUCUGGAUUCUCAACUUGAGAUGAAGACUGAUUUUAAAUGAAAAUGUGUUUUAAGCUUUAAUUUUCCCUCUGUAAAAUAAUAAAAUAGUCAUUUCCAUUGUUGAUCAGAUAUGUACCACCCA